AUGGUUAAGGCUAAUGAUUUCCAAAAUUUUGUGAAUUGUUUGGCGGCUACGAUAAUUUCUCAUACUUUGCAGACCUUGAAACCUUCAUCCCCGACGGAUUUGGCGGCUACUGUCAAGCUCGUGCCUCCAAUAGAUCCGGUCGUGCCUCCAAUUACUCCGGUGGUUGUAGGUACCACACUGUCGAACUCCUCAGCCAUUGAAUCAAAAAAUCGUCCUGCUACUUCCCUGCCUCCGGUUGAUGAUGCUGGUAUCGUCAAGCCUAGAGUCUCGGAUAGUUUGGUAUCUCCUCCUCUACGAGGAGCUUGGGAAAAGCAGCUUAAAUUCACCACGGUAUCGGCAACCCAACAAGCUGAGAGUGGAGUUCCAAUUUCUAGACCUACACAGUCUCAAUAUGAUUCCUCUAAGGAAGAUGAUAUGAGGUUUCCAUGGGCUGCAAAAAUGGAUCCCGCUGCUAGAAAUCUGUACAGAGCAACAUCACCGGAGUACAUGGAAGACGGUACUCCGAAGGUAACGAUUCCAAGUCAUGUUUUGUUACAAGGUCUUGAGAAUCAGAAGGAAUAUGUUUUAGGCCAGUUCUAUAGGUGUAACCCCCCUGCUGGUGGCUUGAUUCAUGCUGUUAUCAAUAGAAUUUGGGGUAGGAAGUGUAGAAUUUUUAUGCGCAAGCUUGAUGAUUCUAAAUUUCUCUUCCAUAUUCCGGAUGCCUCAACUAGAGCAUGGGUUCUUCAAAGGGGCUUAUGGCAUGUUGAUGAUUGUCUUAUGUUUGUAGCUCCUUGGUCUACUGCAGAUACUUUUGAUCUCCCUGAGAUAUCGACUAUUCCAGUCUGGGUUAAAAAUAUUCCAAACCGGCUGUACUCGAUUCCAGGAAUUAGCCAUAUUGCAUCAGGGUUAGGUGCUCCUAUGGCUACUUACAAACCUAGACUUGAUCCUUCACUAAUGGGUGAGGCGAAGGUUUUGGUGGAAGUGAAGUUGAGUAAAGCUUUCCCUCCUCGGAUUGCAGCAGCUGAUAAAAAAGGAAACAUAUCUAUGGUCAAUGUUGAAUACGCUUGGGUGCCAGCUACUUGUGGUGAGUGUGGACAGUUAGGCCAUAAGGCUUCUCGCUGUAUGAAACCUCAUUUGCCACAUGAAAGAGUAACCAAAAAAGUCUCAGAAGAAGUCCUCAAUCCAGCAACUGAAAGUUUAUCCAGCGCCACAUAUUUGGUCUCGCCAAUCUCUCUACAAACCGAGCCCCCAAUUGGUGUCCCUACCGCAGAUUCAGAACUCCAAAUCGAUACAGCCCUAGAAAUUGAGGCUGGCCCAAUCCAAGACAAAGAUAAUUGCAAUAGAGUGGCAGCUUGCCAAACAAAUGCUGAAGCUGAAGCUGUAACUGAAGCGAUGUGCACUGUUGAAUCAGUUACUGAUAUUGCAGGUACUAAGGAUAAUGCUAUUCUUAGUGACCGUGAGAUACGACACGUCCUUGCUGAAAACAAGUUUAGCUGUUUGGGCUCUUCUUUUUCUGAUGGGGAUUCUCUUAGCUCAGAUGGAGACUCAAUGGUUUCGGUUGAUUCAGAAAGUGGUUCUGGAUUGAUGGAACUAAUGACUCCUUCUGGCCAACGACUUUUGCGCGAAAGACCGGUUAAGCCGUCCAUCAAAGCUAAGGAGGUUCAAGCAUCCUCUAAUACUCGGGGAAGAGGUAACCGUGGACGCGGGAAUCGUGGGCGCGGGAACCGUGGACGUGGCUAGUUCUUCCAAAAGUCAACUGAAGCGGAAGAUUCGGUUAUCAUAUUUAUGUAAUAUUGGCCUUAGGCUUCGUAUCUUGCAUAAAAAUACUGUGUGACUUUUUGUCAUGACUUAUGUAAGGCUUAAUAAUAAAGUUU